GUGCCUUAAACUUACGGUGCGCCCCGCGAAAAUCCCCUUUUUUAACUUUGGGUGUAUUGUGGGCACACAUUAUUAAUUCCGAAUUCCUUCCCUUUGAUUCAUACUUUCUCAUUCUUUACAUCCAAUCAGUCAUCGUCAUAUCGGCAACCAUCACAGCAUUCAGACACACCUUUCAGACAUUUCACCACACAAAGACGAGAUAGAAUUGAAUGGAUCACAAAUCAACACGCCACCACUUCUUGUAAUCUCAAUAAGGCAAUCGAGGUUGAUUGUUGACAACAAGUAAAGGUGGCUUGCAAACAACUGCUAUUCACACAGAGAUGACAUACCCUGGACAACCAAGCGGGAUGGUGUCAUCAGAUACGAUGGAUGGACUGGAUCCUGAACUUUACUUGAAUGAUGACACUCCUGCUCCCUUGGAAAAUCUAUUCACUCUUCCAUUCGCCCUUCAUUUGAAGCCGUUGCCCCACCAAUCCUUUUUGGCCGAACAAGAUUCAUCAAAUGCAUCUUCCGAUCAAGAUGACAAUGGUGAAGACUCAGACGCUUCUUCGGCCAAUAGCAAUUAUAAAGCAGGAAUGCAUAGACUAAGACAACAUACGAGUCAUGUUCCUCCGCAUUCACUCAAGAUGAUUUCUAUGCUUUUAGAGCGAACAGGAUGUUUGGACGCCGUUCCUGUUUGGGGUCAAUUGAUCGAAAUGCUAGACGGAGCAGAUGAAGAUCCCCAUUUCGCCAAUUUGAGAGCAUUCUUUGAUGCUCGAUUUGACACAAACGGAAGAAUCAAAGACGAAUCGAGUGGAUUGCAACGAUCAAUAUCCGGACGAAAGAGAGGCAGCUUUACACGCAGUCAAAAUACUGGCAUAUCACCUCCCAAGUAUGACUACGAUAUACGAAGACCGAGUGUGGCUUCCAGUUCAGGUGCUGCAAAUCUGUUCAACCUUAAACGAAGAAAGAGCAGCAAGGUGGUCGGACAGGAGGAGUAUGAAGAAGGAAGCUUGGGAGACCCAACAGGCACCUCCUUUAAACCUCGUCAACCAGAAAUCAUUGUUGUCGGAAAGGAAGGAGUAGAAAGUCGUGCUGUACGCUUCAAAGUACGCUUGGAUCUUCAUUCUAUCGGACUAGCUCCUCCUCCACCCCGACCACCAAUUAUGACAAGAGGCUCAGCUCGAUCCACGAUAAGCAAGCGUCUGACCGCAUCACCCCCACAAAAAUAUACGUCAGAGUUUUUAGGCGUACAUAGGGUUCUCUCCAAUACGUCAUCCAAUCAUUCGCAUUCGGACAGCCUCUCUCUUCAUCCAAUUGGUAGCCCGGACAGCUUUCGAUCACACGCAUUGUCUGAGGAUAGCGACGAGAACCAUCAGAAUCGAUCAGGAUUUCUGCCCCAAAAUGGCUCUCCCGCUCCAUCUUCUCGAGCAAAAGAUAAGAAGAGUUCAAGAACAUUCACAAAUAGUAGUGCCGCAUUGACAUCCGUUACUUCUGAGUUUGGCACAAGCCCAGAGUCCGCAGAUGCUAGAGCCAAGGCUUCUGGCAAUGCUACUAAGGUUGGAAGCUUUUCCAAAAAUGGUGAAGCCGUCAGGAGGCCAUCAAUGAUUAAGAAGCUAAUGGAUUUCAAAGGCCUUCGAUCAGGCUCCACGAGAAGCAAUCGUUCCGCCAGCAAUAUGAGUAGCCAAAGUACGGAUGAAAUUAUCCCUCAGCAAGAUACCACUGCAAAAUUGGUGUUGAAUACAAGUACCGGUACACAACCACCACCAACAGUUGCUUCACCUACGUCAGACGCUCCUGCACAAGGAUCUUCUGGCUUUUCAUUCAAUCAUCUUGACAGACGCCGAUCGCAAACUGUUCAAUCAGAUAUGUCGAAUGAAGAAGCGAUCGAUAUGAUCGAUGAUGAAGGCAGUAUUGCCUCGUCUAAUCAUUUUGGCUCAUUGUCUAAGCGAAGGGCUUCCUCUUCCGCAAACGCUAACUCUUUACUAGGCUUUAAGCCUGCGCCAGGUAUGAGGCCAGUACAAGAGGGUACAGUAUUUUCUACUAACCCAGUUCAAAGUGAUGAAGAUGACGUCGUUUUGUCUUCGUCUGAAGCCACAGGGGAUGUGUGGAAAAGAGGCGAAGGAAACGAUUUCUUGAAUUUGUGGCGUAAAGCAGCAAAUACAUCUUUGACUUUGCGUCAAACGCUUCGACCGACGAUGACAAGUCCUGCACGUACGCCAAAAGGUUCUGCUUCUGCUGGUAUUUCGCCUUUUCCAAAUGCUCAAACUCCACCUGAUUCGAUCGAGCUAGAAGACCAAGAGCGAAUUGAAGCUCUUUUGGCACCUUUCCGCAAUAGCGAAGCGGGAUCUUGGUGGUUGUCUGGUUCCGUGGACCCAUUGCCGAUCAGUAUUGCGUGUGCGCUUUCUGAAGGAUUGGGAUGGAAUGGAAUUAUGGAUUUGUGUUACGGUAAAGGAAGUAGAAGUGAACGCUCUGGAUCUUAUCAACCAUUAGGACGAGCAGCAGAGUUGGACAAAAAGCAAGAAGCAGAUAAAAGUCGAGUACAGAACUGGGCACAAGCAGUAGCAGGAAAUCCUACAGAGACCAAUGACGCAAAAGUGACUACGCAAGGCUCGCCAACCAAUGAAGAAAUUGUUGCAAGAGAGAAGUUGGCAUCAUUGGCUUUGACCACGGAAGCAAGCUCAGAUGCUGUUGGCCCUUCAGAAAGUGCUUCAGUGAAAGGCAAAAAAGAUCAGAGCAACAAUUUGACAAAGAUUGGUAAUUGGCUUAAGAAAAAGUCUGGACUGGAAGAAGAAAAUCCAGAAGAAACAAACUCAGAUCAAGAAGUCAAAUUGAAAACUCCUUUUGCUGAUUCAGACACACGAAGCUGGCAAGAUUGGGCAGAAUUGUUACGUAGCAUUUCAAGAUGGCUGGUGGAAUAUGAAACCACGCGUGUACGAAAUGGAAUGGCAGGCGAAUAUGGUCAUGAUAUACUACAAGGCAAAGUGGGCUCACAUGUUGAUUCAGGAUUUGUAGAUUCCAAUUUCGAUAUGGGAAAGACAAAGUACGUCAGCCGAGCAACAUACCAAGUACCUCGCUGUGUAAUCAAAGAUGCCUUAAACAAACAAAAUGGUUUCAGGAGAAGGCAUGGAAUUCCUGAAGGUUUGCCGAUUGGACCGGACGGCACAGAAAUUGGUGAAUAUCGUUGGUCCAGAAGUCGACUUUCUGGCAAUCAUUUUGCCACAGCAACCACUUUAGCGGCUAAUUCCCUCUUUCAUUGUUUGGAGCAAAUUGCAACUUCUGAUUGGACUCAUGCAUCAGCAUGGGAAUUGGAUUAUAUGGAAAUGUGUGUUUUCCGUAGCCCAAUCGUGGGUCGAAGGUUCCCUGCUCCGGGCAGUAAAAUCGUUUCGAGUAGUCAAACAUUUCAUCCUGACGAACAAGACGAAGAUGCUCGCAAACGUGCAAUGCCAUGCCCUUAUCCAUCGGCUGACGGUGUUUGGAGUUCUACCGUUUGGCGUAAUUGGUUGAGCCAAGUACAAAAUGGUAAUAUCAUCGUUCCUGCUGUUUCAUGGCAAGCCUGGUGGACUUUGAUUGCCGUUUUGAACGGUGGGGAUGGCUCAGAUCGAGCAUUGGAUGUCCAAAUGAAAGCAGAAUCGGAGCCCUUUUCUGCUUUGGACGAUCUUGAAGCGGUGUAUUUGUAGUGAAACUCUAGAUAAAGUCAUUUUCCUUUCUUCUCUCCUUGUUUGUGUACAUUCAUAUACCUUGCCUUUCUUUUCAGUUUUCAUCGUAGAUACCUCUGUUCAAUGGAUCAAUUUGCACUUACACCAAUCUUGCCUUGCUCUACCGUUCCAACUUUAUUCCUGCUAGCAUUCAAGAUGCUUAAGAAUACUUGCCAAGCGAUUCCGAUUGCUCCUGUGAAUGGAACACGAUAACGUAAAGGCAUGAAACGAAAGUUGAUUGUUUGAACCAAAGGCCAAACUUGCCAAUUAGCCAAUAAAGCAGACAUGUACAUCUCAUCGAACUUUUGACCAACGCCUUGGACUGAACGACCUUCCAUGAAAC